AUGGAGGGCGGCCGCGCCUUCGCUGGCACCAAAACCCAACCCAAUAAGGGAGCACUCUUCAUGGACCACAACGAAGCCACCACAUGGAUCCGAAGGAAGCCCUCGGAUUUGGCCAACCAGGCAUGUCAGGGUCACUUCUCCGGCCUAGUAUUCCCGCAGGCGCUCACGGCACGGUAGCUCAGAUCUUGGCCUUCCCGUAGGACCCUCCAAGACCUCCUUCUUCAUCUUGUCAUAUCCGAAUUCCGACCACCUUCCAUAGCACUACCGCUCCAAUCAUCCAUUUUUUACUACAUGAUGUACUUGCUUGAUGUUGGUAUGGUUGUUUCGAAACGAGACCAGCAUGUGAGCGCAAUCUC